AUGAAAUCCACCAGAGUAGCUGCUGCGCUGCCGCGUGACGGCGGCGCGUCUCGACUGCUCGUCGCCCUAGUCCUUUCCGCUUGCUUUUCAGCGGUGCUGUCGGCGGCCCUGACGACGGAGGUUAACGCUGGCGAGAUUUUUAUCGUUACCGAAAGCCUCGGCGCGGGGCGAGAGCUCUACUUUCAGUUUGCCCUGCACCCCGACUACCUCUUGCCCGUCACGAUCAAGGAUCGUGGCACGAAUGAGGGACUGAUGCACUGGAAGGACCUCGCCUUCGGCGCCUUCGCCGUCCCGGUAUCCGACAAGCCCCGCAACAUUAUCAUCAGCUUUGAUAACUCGAACACGAUGUUCACGUCCAAGAAUGUGAAUUUCGACCUGCGCACUUCAGUAAACGUCAACUAUGCGGUGGAUGCAUGGAAGCUGGAUCCGAUUGAGCAGAAAAUACGGGCGCUGUCGGGGUCGAUGCAGCAGCUGAAGACGUUGCAGGUGUCGAUUCGAAACCAACAGAAGAACCAUCGCGACACCGUAGAGAGCGCGAAUGAGCGCGUGCUGUUGUGGUCUAUCUUCCAGGUGCUGGCGUUCUUGAUCAUGCUCAGCUUCCAGCUGUUUAUGCUGCGGCGCCUCCUCGAAAAGAAGACGUACGUUUGA